AUGUGUAAGGAAGCAUUCAAGCGCUAUGCCAAGUGCAAAGCAGUUCUCCAAGAGCUCUUCGUCUGCGCCGACUUCAUCGCGCUCACCUUCCAGCAUCCCGACGCCCUCGCAAUAGAGUGUCCAGACUACCAAAUCCUCAAGGUCAACUAUCCAUCUGGCCGUUGCAACUGCGCGACUGAGGCCAUCAGAUGUGAAUUCGCAGCGCGCAAUGGUGAGCGGAUCAUUACCUUCGAGGAGCAGGAUAGGCCCUACAAAGAAGAGGCAGUACGAUACAAUGAGUGGAUCAAUAAAGUUGGCACUGAAACGCGUUUUGAGAAGGCAGUGAAGAGAUCCAACGCCCUGGUUGCCCAUCCCAGUGAGGAGCAAAUCGCGUAUCGCAAGAGACUUGCCGCCAUCUUGGAGACGGAGAUGAUUGUACCUCCUACUCCGCCCCCAGAGGAGGAGGACAUCCAGAAUGAGGGAGACCGAGACAUCAAAUUUCAAGGCGUUGCUGAUCACGGCCCGUUACCAAAACGAACUAGGCAAAUGCUAGACGCUGCUGAUGAUGAGCCGUUACCAAAACGAAUCAGACAGAUCGGUGCUCCUCGAGUUCACCCACCACAAUCUGUGGCAACAACCUCCGAACAAACCUUGGAACAAGUCGAGGCUACGCGAGUUCAACAAGCACAUUCUAAAGAACCAGAAGAGACCGGAUCUCCUAAUCAGCGUUCGAAGUCCUCUCACGAAGGAGCUCAAGAAUCCUUGGUCUCUGAUGGUACUUCAAUUCUGUCCAGGUGCAACACGAAAUGGAAGCCUCAGCCACACCUACAAGAUUCAACCCGAUAUAAGUAUCUCGGCGAGCAAAGAACACCAGAGGAGUGGGCAACCAUAGCAGAAGGAGAGAGAGAUAGGAUUAUGGACAGCAUGAAGAAGACCCUCAACUCCCGUAACCGUGAGAAUAAACUUUACAUCAAGCAGCAGCGAAAGAUGGAGAUUGAGCACACGAGAUGGUAUGUUCAGGUGGUAUUAUUCUGCAGGAGUGCCAGUUGUGCUGAUAUGAAAAUAGGGAGACGAUGAGCCAGGAAGCGGCACAAAUGCAGCAACAUCGAAACGAAACAAGGCAAGCAAAGAGAUCAUCUCGAAAUUUCUAACUGCAGUAUGCUAACAGCCUGUAGAUCCUACCAUGAGCUCCUUCUCUAUGUAAAUGAAUUUACCAUCCAGAAAGAUAGAAUGGAUGGUGAAUGGGGCUAUGUAAUGGGCCAACUGACCGAGCUCAGUCUUCGGGACAAGCCCUUGCCAGAUGUUCUGGGGAUGUGCAGAAGCAUUCCGUCAUACAAAUACACACCUGGACAAGUCAAGACUCCGGAGGAGUGGCUUGACAUUGUCGAACAAGAGAGAAAGAGAUGUAUCAGAGCAUUGGGAUCCAUGGAUAACAUUGGGAGGAACAAUUGGAAGCCUCGCAUCAUCAAUGGCGAUUCAAAAAAAGAAAUCAACCGAUGGUGA